AUGUGCUCCACACGAACCAGAACGCGUUCGGGAUGUCUGCCUUGUCGCAGCCGCCGCAGGAAAUGUGAUGAAAGGCGGCCCCGAUGCCGAAACUGUGAAGCGCGCGGUUACGCCUGUCAAUGGGGCCUGAAGGCUUCUUUCCAUCCAAACCGCAGCCUUCGCCUGUCGAGCCCGGACGAGGCUACGUUACUAGCUAUCGAGAAAGCACGGCAGAAUGCCCCGGGCGACAUUGAGAACGGCCUUCCGCAGUCUCGCCUAGAGCCUUCCACACCUAUUUUCAUAGAUGAUACGGAUGAAGUAAUCAGACACUAUCAGAUAUCUCGCGAUACAUCCUCGUCGAGCGACUCGGAAGCCGACCGGGAUGAUAAUCACCUGCCUACUGCGACUCUCCCCCGGACAGAAAAUGUGCACCACCCACCAGAUUUUAUUACAUAUGACUCUGUCAGGACAGACACAGGUCCAAAUCAUACUCUAGAAAGUGAGAUCACCAUUGAAAGCUUACUGUCGCCCGCUCAGCCUAGGCGGUUCGGUGAGAUUCAUGAGGGAGCCGGACUGUCACAGCUGACAACGAGUCCAGGCUCAUCUAUACUGCCAUUUUCUUUGGGACAGGCUAUAUCCCGAAAUACGUCGCCGUUGCCUGAGCCCUCAAUCCCUGUGACAAAUGUGGAAAGUGCCUCUUUGAUCUCGUUGUAUCUAUAUGAGACUGGGACCUGGUGCGAGACCACGGAUUCAGAGAUGCAUUUUACCUCAAAAAGUGUCCACCAGUUGCUAGCUUCCAAGUCGUUCUUUGCAUCGGCUCUUGCUUUAGCUUCGCGACAACGGGACGCCGCCCAGGGCCACCAACGAUCGGUGACCCUAGAGCUCUACCAGUACACCAUUCAGCUAUUACUCCGCCAGGAGCCAGGUGAAGCGGGCGCACCGGUAUUAGCAACCUGCACUCUUCUCUGCGUCUAUGAGAUGAUGGCGUCUUGUGUUUGGGAGUGGCGUCGCCACUUGAAGGGCUGUGCUAGUUUGUUGCAUACUCGCAAAUGGAACGGUUCAUGCAAUGGUAUUGUCAAGACCUGCUUUUGGGCAUUCGCCCGAAUCGAUGUGUGGGCUGCGUUCAUCAGCUGCAAAAAGACUCUCAUCCCGACCGACUCGUGGGUCAAUGAUAGCUCUAUUCAAUCGGCAGCAGCCAAAGGCAACGUCGAUGACUAUUGCAAUCUGGCAAUCCUCGUUUUUGCUCAGAUUGUGAACCUAUUAGCUGACGCCAAACCUGAUGGCAAGGGAGUCGAUAUUGCCUAUUCUUCUUGUGUUCAGAAGCUGUGGGACGAACUCCAAGCGUGGCGACGUCUCCGUCCCAAAGAGGUUUGCCCUCUACUCAGAGAAAGCUCAACGGGCUCGAACCCUUUCCCCAGUGUGGUAUUUUCUCGGCCGUCGUCCAUUUGUGGUAAUACGUUCUAUCAUACGGGCUCGAUCUUGCUCCUUCAAACUGGCUACCACGGGACAAGAGCCCAUGUGUCAGACUCUGAAACGGAUCCUGUUUGGCAUGCUCGAGAACUAGGUGGAAUAUCCGCCUCCAAUUUUUCACAGUAUGUUCUUUUCUACAGUGCGAAUUGGGUAAACCAAUUGCAACCACUUUAUGUGGCCGGUACUGUCUUUGCAGAUCAGACGGUGGUCUCUUUAUGUGGACAAACCCGGUGGGCGAGCUCCCCGGGAACCCCGAGGAGCCGACAGGCCCCUCUAAUGACCAUGGAUGAUGCUGAGGAGUAUGCCUCUGAAAAGAUCGCUCUUCUUAAGCAACUGGCUCGCAUUGAGCGAGAGACAGGUUGGAAAACCUCCGACCGGGCCUCGGAGUUGCGGGGUCUUUGGGGUUUUGGGUAA